CCGCACACCGAAAGCGGAGGCUCCCACUACGGUCUCGCUCGCUCCCAUCACUCUCGGUCUCCAUCCGAGAUGGCGAAACGCUCCGCGUCGCCGGUUCCCACAAUUCCCCGGGCCUUGCUCCCGCUCCUCUUGCUGCUGAUGCCAGUCGCCUCCCCACCGUCGGUCUCGGCGUCGAGGGCCGUGAUCAGGGACGGCACCUCCUGCACAAUGUGCGCCUCUUGCGACAACCCCUGCCUGCCCGUCGUUUCCCCGCCCCCUCCACCUCCUCCUCAGCCGCCGUCCACGGCGCAGUGUCCCCCGCCGCCGUCGUCGUCGUCGACGCCGGGCACCUUCUACUACUACUCCCCUCCGCCUCCGUACGGAGGAGGAGGAGGAGGAGGCUACUACUACCCUCCGCCGGCAAACAUCUACUACACGGCACCGCCGCCGCCCAACCCCUUCCUGCCAUACUUCCCCUUCUACUAUUACAGCCCCCCUCCACCCUCAGACCACAAUUCCGUCGCCGCGCCCUCGAAACCCUUCUUCUUCACCUUCUUCUCCUCCUCCAUCCUUCUCUUCCUCUUCUUCCUAGCGUAGGAGACUCUUUUUCUUUGCCUUCCCUACAUGCGCCACUACUCUUCCCGAAAUAUCCCUGUUAGCUCUUCCCAUCCCCUCCGACCGUUCCCAAAAUACCCCUGGUGCCGCAGUAAAGGCAGCGGCAGCCGGAGCCGCCGAAGAAGGCAAAAAGAGGGUGAGACUGUCUUCGCCGCUACCAGUCUCUCUCUCUCUCUCUCUCUCUCUCUGUAGCAGUAAUUGUCGUUUACUCUGUUGACGUAUCCUGUGAUUCAGUCAUAUCAUUGUGGAAUUCGUGUUGUAAUAGUUAUAGGGACAAGAACAAUAAUGCUGAGAUAUGUAUCGAUGAAUAAGUAGUUUAUAAGUGGAUGCUUAUUUAGUUUGA